AUGUCCGACUUGCCACAAGAGCUCUUCGACGCGAUUGUCGAUAAACUUCAGUGCGAUAGAAAGUCUCUCGUGGCCUGCUCCUUGGCCUCCCGUACAUUCCUUCCCCGCACUCGAUUCCACCUCUUCCACAAAAUAGUCCUCAACGAGACCUUCAGCCAAAAAUUUCACAAACUAGUUGUCUCUUCCCCGAACAUACCCAGGAAUGUCACGGAUCUUACUCUCUUUGGCGACGCAUUCAAAGAGCGGCUCGUUAUCCCUGUUAUACACUCCCUAGUCAACCUGUCCACUUUAUCCCUGCAGGAUAUGGAUUUUGACGAUGUCCCCAAAUACAAUGCCGGAAUCUUCGAUGCGUUCUCCCGUCUUCCCAUCAAACACAUUUCCAUGCUCUCACUUUCCUUUCGCGACUUCUCCACUGCGGUGAGGACAUCAUUUCCCGUCAUGCAGAGCCUCACCAUGUGGGACGUCGUGGGACAGUCUAAUCCCGCGGCUAGUAGCCAGUCAUGUCCAGUACAAGUUCUGAAAAUACACCUCCACGAGACUGGCAAAUCCAUUCUCAACAGUAUCGCCAGUGGCGGUCUGGGCGCUCUAGAUCACUUACAUACUCUGUCUACUUCGAGUUAUCCCCGUGAUGGCGACUUCAGCAUAUUUCUGAAGCUCGUCCGCGCACCCUCCCUACGAACUCUGGAAUUGAAAGAUCUACAUUGCGAUGAUGACAGCUUUGCUCCCCCGAUACCUGUCUCCCUCUCCCAUCUUCGGAGCAUCGUCUUUCACGUCAUUCAAUUCGGGUCUGACAGGCCUCGUAACCAAGGACUCGGCAUACAAUGGCUCACAGACUGUUUUGCUCUUACUCCUAAUCCAGAUGCAUCUGCUCAAAAUAUCGUCAUUAAAUACAGUCUGUUUGUCGGUGCAGAGUACGUAUCCGUAUACGAGCAGAAGAAAUGGGCUGCCUUGAAUGAAGUGUUGUCUCGCUCGCCCGUUGCCUCACUCGUUUCCGUUCGGGUCAUCUUCAAGAGAUACUACGACCGGGUGCAAACCUUUGAUACAAUCAUGAACAACUGUCCUUGCUUGCGCGAAAUGGGGCGAGCAUUUAAACUAGACAUCGUAGAGGAGUUCAAUUAUGUCUGA